UGGUCGGUCUCGCUGCUCCUUACUCUGCCCAUGAUGCUGAUGGUCACCUUGACCGAGGGGGGCAAGGCGGAGGGCAAGGUGAAGAGGAUGUGCGCACCCACCUGGAGCGAGGAUGCCUACCGGACCUACCUGACGGUGCUCUUCAGCACCAGCAUCAUGGCCCCGGGAAUCAUCAUUGGCUUCCUCUACACGCGCCUGGCCAGGACCUACCUGGAGUCCCAGAGGAACCCCCCCCACAAGGAGAAGAGCAAGAGGUCCCCCAGGCAGAAGGUCCUCAUCAUGAUUUUCAGCAUCGUGCUGGUCUUCUGGGCCUGCUUCCUGCCGUUUUGGAUCUGGCAGCUGGUGCGACUCUACAGCAGCUCCCUGCAGCUCACCACCCAAACCCAAAAGUGCAUUAACUACCUGGUGACCUGCCUGACCUACAGCAACAGCUGCAUCAACCCCUUCCUCUACACCCUGCUCACCAAAAACUACCGGGAGUACCUGCGCAACAGGCACCGCAACUUCUACAGGUUCACCUCCUCCUUCCGCAAGAGGGGCUCCAACCUGCAGUGCUCCUGGGGACGGUCCGUGUCCUCCAGCAACCAGUACGACUACAGCUCGGAGGCCCUGGGCAUGGCCACGCUGAAGGACAAGUGA